AUCUUUUGCAGGGCCCCCGCUCAACUCCUCAGUCGUGCCAUAUCGCUGCCAGCUGAGUGGGAGCAGCAGCGCUUUAGUUCGCAGCGAUCCAGCAGAGGACCGCUGCAAGCGCUGAAGGCACGAAAGCACGCCUGCCAGCGAGGGCAGCAAGCGAGGCCACAUCGCCGGCGCGGCGUGGGGUCGACCCAGCGACGAAUCAAACCAGUAAAUGAACGGUGACACCAUGGGCGGCGGCGCCAGCGGCCACCUCGCGUCUCCACCCACGUCGCCCUUGCAACCGCCCGCGCCGCCGACGGCCGCGGCGCUGCGAGAACUACAAAAGAGGAAGCGCGUCGCGAGCGAGGACACGGACCAGCUCGUGGACUGCUACCCUUAUGCUUUCUCGCCAUUAUUACUCUUCGCGCCGAGCGCAUACUUCGACCGAGGUUAUAGUAAUUACCACGCGGUCGCGCAGUUCUUCUCGGGAGUGUUGGAGGUUGAUAUGCUCACGAACGUACUAGCAGACCGAAAAAACAUGCUCUACGAGGAACUGUUGGAAUAUGUCCAGUCCCAGCAGAUGCUCGUGACGUGCUGCAUCGACGCUCAUUUUACGGCCUUCCAGUGUCUGGAACGAGGUGCGGUGGUACAUUACGAUCCCGCUGGAGGCGGCCAGAAACUCCUAACAGGAGACGGCGCCCAGUCGCACGUCCUGUGGCACUUGCUGAAAUGUGGCUACGGCAACAGCCAACACAUCCAGGAAAAUCCUGAAGAAUAUUAUACUAGCUUUCAUGCACCUUCUGUACGUAGAAAAAUCUUCAAGAUGUACCGGGACCUGAACCGGAGGUACGGGAGGAGUGGCGCUGGCUUCGAAAAACCGAUAAGGCUGGACUUACAGGAGUGGUACUUGGUGAAUAGGGCCUCGAAUCCAUCGGAAAUGGACGCCCAAAGAACAGGAAACACGUGCUACUUCCAGACGUUUUUAUUCGCGUUGCUGUGUCGCGCGGGCGGGCCGUUGACUAUCCAGGGUUCGACGUUACAUGUUCCCGAUCCAGCUCGCCUGGAACGGUGCUCCGUGGCUGUAGCUCGCUUCUUAUUGGAGUUCUGGCGGGGCCCCGACGGGUGCUUGCGGCCCCUCACGAACGCGAAUGUACUCCUAGACUUUUCAAGGUACAAGGCGGCGCCCUACUUCGACCUCUGCGUCAAGUACCUCGCAAAGUAUUCGACGACCGUAAACUACGCCCGGCAGAUCAGCGAGGUCCACUCCUACUUAUGUCGUACUCGUAUCUUACACCGCUACGCCGACUUCUCGUUAGUCGGGGCAGUAUCAUCAGCCCCGAAUACGAAACAACUACAGCGAAUAGGCCACGCGAACGACGAUGCGGUAUCUCAGUUAGCACGAGCGCACUUCUACAAGUACCGAGCGACGUCCCUCGCGUUCGGCUUCCACGCGCAAAUUGUCCUUAGAUUGAGAGACUUCGCGGGCUUCCACUCGCUGCGAAAGAACUGCUUGCUAGAUCACUACGCGGACCUGCAACCGAUUCUCUCUUCAAUAUUGGAAGCGCCGUUGCUCCAGAGGGGUCUACACAGAGACUACUACUUCUACGGCCAGUACGAGAACGGCCAGAAGGAGUUGAGAGAUGCGCACCACUACCUGUACGCUGUGGACCUGUUAGCUCUACUCAAACAAGAAAGAAAAACGGACCGGGACCUCGAGACGCGAAUCCGAGCCGCGAACCAUAUUCUGGCUGAAAGUGCGAGGUUCUCGACGUCGCGCGCGGCGGACUACGACGAAUUGUUAGAUGAGGACGAGUUCCGGAGAUCGAACCACCGCCAACUAUUCCUGGACCACUUUCCUAGUCAUGCGUUUUUCGGGGAAUAUGUUUCAUUGGGAUUUCCCGACGAGGACCUGAGGACCAAGGACAUCAAUACUCUCAGUCGAGCUGCGUUCUACACGACGAAGCUCAUGUCUCGGUCGUCGGGAAGGAUGGAAUAUGAUUUCGCGAAGGAGGCGAUCAAUCAGAUGGCGCGCAAUGGCCUGAGGCGGUACGAAGGCACGAUGGGUAAUACACCCCAAGCCAAAGAGAGGACCAUCGUCCAUCUCAGGAUCGGUCAGGGCUUCGCCUGGACGAAGUACAAUAGACCUCUGCAUUUUCUGAGCGUGGUCGAGCGGUACUGGCGGAAUCCUGAUCUCACGGGUCUACAGUUGUUCGGGAAAGAUGUUCGCUCUUUGUUAGCUAUCUCGUGCCAGAAACUCGUCGACGAUUCUAGUCAUUCGUCAUAUGCCUACGGUCCGAUACAAAUGAACACGCAUGGUGAGUUGGAUCUGGCCGUUGCCGCGGACCAUGCUCAGGUGGUACCCGGUUGCACGUCGGGUCGAGGCGAUGCUACGAAUGUCAUUGCCGUCGAUCGGGUCUUCGAACGGAGUUACUUACAAAGGGCCUUGGAAGGAUUAUGUAGUAGGGUGGACGGCGAGAUCCGGACCGACGACGCGGAGAUCAACCUAGCUUUGUUGUCGUUGCUGUUGGACUUUGGGUUAUUUAGAUACGCUUCUUUGCUGCGAUUGCCGUCGCUACCAGCCGCGGGCCGAGGAGAUUUGAGGCAGCUCCAAGUCGAGGUCUCCGAUUCCAUCCACGAACGAGAUAAGAAAACGACGCAGGACGGCGUCACGCGUUUAAGGGUGGAAGAUUUACUGUUUGAGGUCGCCCACAAGUUCCUGGUGAAUCGACGGGUCGACGCGCGCGGUUACGCGAACAAGGUCAUACGAGCCUUACAAGCGGACCCCGAAUACCGGGACUACGUGUUACUAGUGAAGAUCUACGUCUCCUUGUGCCAGAUCAACAAGUCCGCGGAGGUCGAUUCUUAUAAACUCAAGGUUGACGGCGCGUUUCGGAUCGUGGUCCCGAGGCAGUUCUCCGUGGCCACGUCCGAUUAUUUAGAUUUGAUCACGAGACGGCACACCUUCACGGAAUCUAACGGAUUGAUAAAGUACGACGAGCUGCCCUUGUUCGACCUUGGGGACGGAACGCAGCAACCGGACGUCCAGCUCUACAAGGUGCGGGUCGAUCCUCGCCGACCUGGUGUAGAAAGUGUGGUGAGGUACGUGGAGAUCCGGAACGUGUUUCGGUCAACAUCAGAUAAAUAUCUACUGUUCGUCGCGGACGCGGCGUUGCGGGUCGACGCGACGCCCACGGGCGUGGAGGUACGCGUCAACCAGACGCGCGUAGAGGUCUGUGCCGCCUUUUUUAAUGAUGCCGUCUCCUUUGUCCCUUGUUUCACGUACGCCGACUCGGAAGACGCUGUUUUAUUAGCGUCGAGACACAUUACGUACCAUGUGGAUGGCGGCGGCCAGCACCACGUCGACUACUACGGUGCUGACUCAGCGUCUGUUUCCGAACUUCAAGCUGCGUCGACGCCGUCUUCAUGAUCACACAGAGAGCCUACGCGCGUCGUGAAUCAAUCCGUUCCACACAGGCAUGAAGCACGAGGUGGUCGAGUGUAUUGAUAGCGACGAGUGUUUCGUGGAUCUGAACGACGAGCACGCCUUCCAGACGUCGCAUCUGAAUGAUCUCGUGACGGAAAGUAAGGUUACGUUCUACCACCCGGACUACGUGUUACAAGUACCUUCGCGGCAGCACUUGAUUAACUUGUUGGAUCUAGCGGCGCAUCUGCGGAACGUUUCAUUAUUUAUCUUGGUGCUGUUUCAGCUAAGAAGGGCCAGUGUAAAACUCGACUACAAGUUCCGGGACGGCAAAGUGACCAAAAUUUCCGGUCCGUGGCAGGAGGCCAUCAGAUAUGUGCUCGGCUCGUCACAAAAUAAGGAGUACGACGCUCUCUUCUCGAAGCAGUUCCACGACCUCGACCAGUUCCAAGAUGACUCGUUGGACGUAUUUGUCGAUGCUCUAUGCGACGUCUUCGUCAAGUAUCACAGAGACCGAUCGAUCGUGCCGCGACCGAAGCAAAGAUCAUUUUUGCGGAAGAUCAUCGAGGCGAAGGAGUGCUUCCACUUUUCCGAGGUCGGCUCGGCACGGACGCGGCGCGAGAAGGGAGCUUCAACUUGAGACGUCGGCGUCGGCGUCGACGUGGCCGCGAGAGAGUCGACGCGUCUCGUGCGGGAGCGACGCCGUCGAGGCGGCCUCGCGCGGGAGCCGUGACACUGUGGGUCCGCGCAGGGCAAGACCAAGGUCAUCCUGCCGUUGUUUUGCAUGGCGUUCCUCUCGUCGAACAAGGCGGUCCGCGAUGCCUUGGCGCGGGGUGGCCGCGAGAAGCGCUGUUUGGUGGUUCUGGUGCCGGAGCACCUCGUCCCGGACGCUCGCGCGCAAGUCUACCGCUACUGUUUAUCGUUGAAUUUUAGACAAGAUUAUAGGAUCUACGACGACAUCUUCGCGUUGUUACAUGAUGAUGUGCGACUCGAUGAGGGUCUGCGACGGACGUCCGCGUAUUCUCGAUCGCUGUCUACGGGACAACCCCCAAAGAAACAGAUCUUCGUCACUAGCUUCAACCAGUUCAAGAAGGCGUUGACCUACGACGCCAUUUGCCGGAAGGUCUACCCGAACCGCGACCGGGUGUUAGUUUUGGUGGAUGAAGUUGAUGAUUUCCUCGACAGAGAUAAAUUGGUGUUCAACAUCUGCCAGAACAAGGCCAACAACUUUUCCAGGGAGACUUUGCAGAGGUAUCUCGAGACGGCUAGAGCAGCUUAUUUAAAUGAACCUUGCCCUGAACAAGGCUCAUACUGGUCUACUUUAUAUCAGAAAUUUUUAGCCAUACAUAAGGAGGUCCAGGACGCGUCUCGGUCCCUAAAUAAGUCCUUCGGCAUCUUCAACGAAGCGACGUUACGCCAUUGUUCGUCGAACAUCGCGCAAGAUUUAGAUGGCUACCGCUCAUUAAUCGCGAGGCCGUACGAAAGCGUCAAUAGGGCGAUGCCCGGUUCCUACUACUCGGAUGUCGAAAGAACGAUAUAUUUGACCUACUACGUCCUGCUGGAAGACGUGCAGAAGUACGACGCGUUGUUCAAGGAGGAGCGGAAGUUUCUGUCGUUCGAGUACUACUCGAAGUUCUUGAGGAAGAGUGGGGUCGAGUAUGACGACUUAGUGUACGGCCACGACCCCCUCAGCCACAUCAUCGAGUUGCAUCCGGCUACGAAAGAUGGAUUAACUCGUUUUCUGUACGAGAUUGUGCUCAAGCGCAUGGAGAUCCGGGAUCGGGCUCGAAGCGUGAAUAGUGUUGAUGUGGUCUUCAAUUUUGAUUGUGUCGGCUUCACGGGCACGCCGUUCAUCGACAAUUACCCUACGUCGUCGUAUAUCAGGAAGGAGAGUACUGAACAAAUUCCGGAUCUGAUCGACCGGGGCUUCUACGCGCAUAGUGUGGAGAAGCUCUCGCAACAGGAUUUUGAGACUCGAUUCAGAAUGUUCCAAGGCACGAACAACAAUGUGACCGUGCGCUACGCGCUGUCGGAUUUCGUGGACGACGGCAAUGAACUGGAGGUGCUCAAGUCAAUAUUGCGAGGUAACAGUAUGUCGGACGAGGACCAUACCAUCCCAAAUGUGUUGGUGGAUCUCUGUGGCGUCUUCAAACGUUCAUCAGUACGAGACGUGAGGGAUGUGAUCGUCGCAGAAACAUCUUAUAAAUAUGUAUACCACGUCGACCCGACCGACGGGGGCGAUCGGAUUCUAUGCUGCUCCACGUCAACAGACGUGCCCUUUGAUGAAGAAUUUUAUAAAUAUCUCGUGACGGAAUACCAGGAGAGACUGCCGGAAGUCGUGUUCUUCUUCGUCGAUAAUCGCAACGUGAUCGGAAAAGACGUGCCCUUCCAGCUAGCCUACCGGGAAAAGUUCUCCAAACCUUUAUUUGCGGAAAGCGUCGUAUUAGCUCACGACGUCGACGAUUUUAGUAGAAUAUGGCAGGCUCUAGGUAGGUCUCGUACCAUGAAUGAUACCUGUUUCACGAUCUACCUAGCGGGCUACUCCAUGGAAUAUGGGCGCGAGGCUACCGAUGUGUGUAGCUGGCGACUCACAAGGGAUUUAUAUAUAAAGAACUGCGACAUGCGGACCGCGGGUAAUCUGUCGUCGAUCUACCAGACGCUCAUCGCAGUCACCAAUUUGGCGAAUAAACGAUUCUACCACGAAGACGACAUUGUGAAUGAUUUCCUGGAGAGGAUGUCUGGUUUGUUACCUGAUAAAGUGGACCAACUAGCUCGGAAGUUCGCUGCCGAGAUCUUUGGGAGUAGGGUAUGUGCGGGCAUCGUCUGCAACAUCCUGCGGUCGAAAUUCGCCGUAUCGACGUCCGAACACGUGCGGAACGUGGCGCCGUCCGAAGAUGUCGUCAAAAGGUUGUUAGUGGAGUUGUCUAGAGCGAAGCACGAAGUUCGUAGUACCUCGAACGACGUUUAUGAUCUGGUAGUAGCGUUCCUGUCCGGCGACGCGAACGACGAGGGCCAGGAGAUAUCCUACACGAAGCAGCAGCAAAAACAAAAGCAGAAACAGCAAAAUAAGAACAUGGACAGCGACACGAUGGAGUCGUGGGAUAAGCGGCACCAGCUACCUUUGGCUUUCGAGGAGAGUGACUACUACCAAGCCUCGAAGAGGGGAGAGGACCGUGUGUCACAUUGUCUGGCUUUACCGAUCCCCAAAGCUUGUUUUCGCGUGGCCUACACUACGAUGGGUAGGAGGCGCACGAUACGUUUGUUUCCGACGGUGCAAUUUGUGUAUUCCCAUCAUAUAAAACCCCAGUAUGUGGAUGAAGCGUUGCGAAGUGCCGUUAAAAGUGGCUUGCGACAACCUGAUGUGAGACAAUGGUUCUGGAAGUGUAUCAAUUCAAAUGAUGCCCAGGAGGAGGACGAUGCCGGUGGUGCGAUGAAUGUUAAGGUAGAGGCCAAUUUAUUAAGGCAGAACCCGCAGUACUCGUUGCUCGCUCUGCGACGGGGCGUGUAUCUUAUAGGCACGAAGGACCAAUUUAACGGAUUUGAAGUAUCUACGUCGCCGCUCGCCCAGGACGCGCGCUACGUCGUCGACGAGGCGGGCUUCGUUUUGUAUGACGCGGAUCCUUCAUCAUCGCGCGACUUGGAUGGCUUCGGGCCUUAUGGCAUCGAGCAGUCCGUGCUCGCCGAUUCCUUGUCGAAAUCCGAGGUCGCCAGGAACGUCCUCGACUACUAUGUUGAUAGAAAGCGGGACUUGCAGCGGUGCCUCGACAACUACUCGGGCGCGGCGGGCGCGGGUUUCGUUUGUUGGCGGUUCGUGAUGAUGGACGCGUCGCGCGCUCGUUGUUUGUCGCACUCGGGUGACGGGGACGUGCGCAUGGCUGCCGAUGCGGCGGCCUCGCGGGACUUCAUGGCGCCGGACUAGAUAUUCCUAAGU